AUGACCAGCGUCUCCUGCGUCAUAAUAACAACCCUCGUGGUCAUAUCUCUGGCAAAUUUGCUCCUCCUGGUCCACGUGAUCAUGCACUCCAUGGUCAAAUGUGAACAAACCCGAACCAUCACGAAAAAAAUCCCCAAAAUCCAAAAACGGGACAACUCAGCAGCAACCACCCACAACAGGAACAAAUACAAAUUCAUGGCAGCUCUGGUGGUACUCUUCGGCGACGACGACUUCCAGUUCGUCUGCGGAGUGGCCAUCAUCUCCAAGAAGUGGGUCCUGACGGCCGCCCAUUGCGUCGACCCUCUCCUGGACGAACCCCACGAGAAGAUGAAGGUGGUGUCGUGUUUCGAGAAAAUGAAGUACGGCUUGUGGUACGACGUCGAGGAGGUGGUGGUCCACGAUGGGUACAAGGAGAGUCCUCUGGCGAAUAACUUAGCGGUGAUUAGUGUAGGGCGGUUCUUCAAGGAGAAGGAGGUGGGUUUUGUGGCUCUGCCGAGGAGGAGUUACAAGUAUUUGGCCAAUAGCAGUGCGACGGCUUUGGGGUGGGCGGGGGGCGAGUUGGUGGCGGUGGACGUGAAGCUGAUGUCGUACCGGGUUUGUCGGGGUGCGUAUUUUGAUCAAGUCAGUGAUGCUACUUUUUGUGCUGAGAAGAAGUCGUGUUUUUUUGAUCAUGGGGGGUUUUUGAUGCAGAGGGAUGUGUUGGUGGGGGUUGUGUCGUUUGGGGUGGGGUGUGGGGUGAAGCCGGUGGUGUAUAGUAGGGUGUCGGGGUUUGAGGAGUGGUUUAGGGGGAGGAAAGUUGGGUUGGUUUUUAAAGAUUAG